UGAUUUUAUUCUGAAGCUCAGUAUUAUUUGAGAAUUCAAACAUGCUGAAGAUUGUAAUUUUGCUGGUCUUGGCUGUGGGCAGUCAGGGAAGGAGAUUGCAAGGACGGAUCGUGGGAGGAAACACAGCGACUCCUAGCCAGUUUCCCUACAUGGCGUCAUGUCGCUUGGCGACAACGAACAAACAUUUCUGCGGCGGAUCUCUGGUCAACGACAGAUGGGUGGUUUCGGCGGCACAUUGCUUCGGAGAACGAGGACCCAAUGAUGUGAUUGUGGUUUUGGGAGCUCAGCACAGAGUCAAUGGAGGGACACCUCACAGCCUCUCUCAGGUGAUCCAGCAUCCGCAGUGGAACGAACAGGACAUUGCCAACGAUGUGGCUGUUCUUCAGACGAAAAAUCCUGUCGUUUUCUCAAAUCUCAUCCAACCUAUCGAGUUGGGAUCGGUUUUCGUCGCCAGCAAAGUAAGUGCAGUGGCGACUGGGUGGGGAUUAACCACCAAUGAAGGAGUAGAAGCUGAUCAGCUGCAGUAUCUCCAUAUGACGACCAUCUCUAAUCAGGAGUGCAGCCAGAAAUUGCCAGAAAUGGGACACUUGGUCUUCGAUCACAAGAUUUGCGCAAGAGGAGCUCCAGGCUCAGCUACAUGUCAGAUGGACUCCGGAGGACCUCUGGCCGUGGGAAACACUGUUGUGGGCAUCGUCUCUUGGGGACUUGAGUGCACUGGAAGCACUCCGGAUGUCUUCGACCGGGUAUCUGCCCACAGGACUUGGAUCAUAAGUAACUUUUAGUCUAUUGAAUACUUGCAAAUCUUUGGAAAACACAGCAGCAACAUCACUUUCAACAUUCUGAUAAUUUUAAUAUAUAUGAAGAAACUUUAAAGAAUAAAGAGACCUUUCCAAAAUGAUUAA